AUGGUCAAGCUUAACAUCAUUCCGGUGCCUAGCUGCCAUGCCACACGAUGGAGGCACGGGGGCUGGGAUUCUGCCAGGUCGUCCAAGCCUAGACAGGGGAAGUCGAGAGACCAUUUGACUGGUUGUGUGAAUCGGGUGCUCGCAUUGGAUCUGGAUGACUCUGUUAAUGGUACAGUUUUAUACUGGCGGGACAGUGUGGCUGAUCAUUUGUCCGCACCCUAUCCAGAUGGUGGUUUCGAUGUGAAACAGGACAGCGGCCUAAUAUGUUCUGACAAUGUUCCGCUUCAGUCUGGUGAAUAUAGAAUCCGAGUGUAUGCCAAGGAUCUCGGCCAACCAGCUCGAAUAGCCAAUGACAAUCGGCCGGUCGGUGUUCACAUCUCCGUUCUUCCGAGCCCUUCGGGUUCAUCUGGUCGAAGCGAAUUGCAAUUCAUUGUCUCACCGCCCCGAAAUUUCUCACUACGUGGCUACCAUGCCGUCGGUCACAGGCUCUUCACAUUUUCUGUGGCGGAUUCGCUAGAUCCAUCGGGUCGCACUCUCACAUUUUCCCUCUCCACUGUAACACCCUUCCGGUGCCUGGCUGCCAUGCCACCCGAAGGAAGCACAAGGGCUGGGAUACCGUCGGGUUGCCAAGGCCUAGACAGGGGUAGUCUAGAGGCAGAGGUCGGGUUCGAACCGCGAAUCCGACCGGUCCCCGUAAAGAAAAAGCACUGUGUAACGUUCACAUUAGCAUAA